AUUCAUGGCGGCAAUGUUAUGAUACACAAAUAAAGAGAAAUAUUUUUAAUGUUACAUUUAAUGUUACUUGUGAUAUGCAUAAUGAACCACGCUGAUAAUGCAGGAUAAGCCUUUCAUGCUUGCGUUUACAUAUUUUACAGUCUCUACGUUGUCAAUACAUCUCAUGUCCUUGCCUUGACUCAGAACUGUGAAGGUUUCCUGUAGCUCAGUGGUAAGAGUAUUGCGUUAACGCAAGAUUGUGACAGACAUUAAGGACUGCGGUCUUUAGCCUCCUCGUAAAUGUGCCUGACCUACCCGGUCGAGGCCCGCUUGGAGCGGUGCAGUCCGUUCCGGUUAUACGUAGGACCUACGCCGUACCCUCUAUACCAUAGGUUUUGUAAUGUCAAGGUUUUUUGGCCCAACGAAAACCUUGCGCCGAAGCGAGCCAGCUGGGGCUUGAGGAGUGGUUAAGUGUAAGGCAGAGAUUAUCUGAUUGAGGAACCGUGGCAAGGAAGUAGGGAAGGAAGGACCAUGGCGGGAACCAGCGAACAUUCAAUAAAGUUUAAUAAAAAAUAAACAAACAAUAACACGGUAGUAAAAGACCGGCAGCCACCUCACGGUCGACUGCCGGCCAAAAGAACAUAAAUACAAACUUAACAUAUGUCCGGGCUCGGUCCUCUCUCGUUGUACACUCUGCCACUCGUCCUUUAAUGCUUCCGAUCUCCAUCGUGAGAGAUACGGAGCCGGUGCAAAACAACAACAAGCCUAUGCUUUUUCAAUGAGAAAUGCACGUAUCCUUAUGUAAAACAUAGCCUAUGGUCUGAGCAAAUAGGCUCCAGCAAAGUCCAUUUACGUGAGUCUUGGCACUCGGCGGCCAUGUUUGCAAUGCUUCUGGGCUUCUGGGUUAUUUACGUAAAUGCAAGUCAACAGUCAUAUCUUCUUGAAUGGUGGAAGGGAAAUAUUUAUAAAAUCGCUGGCAAAAAUCAUUACUAAAUACCAAAUUUCCAAUCUAUGAUUGAUGAUCUAUGGACUGUACCCUUACUAAUAAUUGUACAAUAACUUUGGUUUGCAAAGCUAAAAUCAUCUUUUUCAAGGUUGUUUCAACUACUGCACUUGCACACGGGCUUGCAACAGCGCUGCCCCAGAGAAUCGUUAGUCUUUAUUGAUUAACGAUUGGAAGUCUUUCUUUGGUAGGGUAUCCAUAUUGAACGUUGCAUUACUCUGCAGACAUUGUAAUGGCACUGGUGCAUCUUGUUAAUAUAUACUAUCUUUGGCUCCAGCCCUCCUCACGCCCUGUUGAUGAUAAACAUGUUGUAAGGAGGGAUAGAAGAAUGGUUAUCAUGGGGAUCAAUUUAUCUAUUCGUAAUAAGUUUUUACCCCAUGAUAAUCUUCCAAAACAUUCUACAUGUUUUUGAAACAGUGAUGGCUAAUUUGUUUUCACAAGAUUCUUGAAUGAUUAUUAUUCUAAGAAUGAUUUAAUACAACAUAUAUUUUAUUGAUGCAUUUAGUCCUUUCCCCCAGAUUUAAAUUGUUUAGGUAUGUAACUGUAUGUGCAAAGUUGUUUUUUGUGCUAGCUAACUCUCGCCCAUGAUGCUCCAAACUGCCCACAGUGCUUUCUAGGUAGGCAGCUCCCUAUGCUGUUACACAGCCUUUUUGUCUCGUCCAGUGCCAUGCACAAUCAAUCUACAGUCAGUCUCAAAUGAGAGAGAAAGAUGGCUUGACAGAGCUGAUAAAAACUGGGCUACAAAAAACAUUUCUCCGAUCUUUGGGGUUAGAGAGAGCAACAAAGUUAUUUUGUUAUAUAGACACUUUGAAGAUGAACAUUCAGUCAGCCAUCAGUCGUGAGAUCUUUAUCCCAAGUGAUGAAAAGUUACUGGUAGCCAUUGAGGUGAGGAGAAGAAUAAGGAGAAAACUUUCUUUCCUAAAGGGUGGUCUCAAGAAGGACUAUCUAACUUUCCUCUGCUUAUCAGUUAAUAACAGCAGACCAGCGGAAGCCCUUAUUACUAAAGUUAAAAGGUAUCGAGGCACAAGACAGUAUUUCAAAAGAUCUCAAUGGUCUGUGCGGCAGCUUCGUCAGGUCAAUGGCGUUAACCCAAAUGAGGACUCUCCUGAGUUCGACCUUGUGCUUGAUCGCACUUCUGAUCAGUGGGAGGCCAGCUCAGCUGCAGAGAAGUGCAUGUUUGUGCAAGUUUUGUACCAUGCUUGUAAAAACUACUGGGAGGCAAACCCUGGCCAAAACAACCCAUCUUCCCCUGGAGACCAGAAGAUACCUGGGGCUCCAGAGAUCAAGAAGAGCCACGGUGAAACACUAAGAACAAAAUUUGUUAACUGUCAGCCAAAGUUAAUGGGAGAUGCUUGCUCUGUUAAUAUGGUCAUCUAUCGCUGCACAAUAUUUUUGAACAGAAUGAAGAACAGUAUAGUUUCAAACAAGGGCAAAUUUAAGGAUGAAGCAAAACCUGUAAAAGCAUCUAAGAGCAGCCCCUCCCCUCCAAUGGUACAGAAGAUGGGAAAUGUGAUGCGGAGGGCUAGUCAGGUUCUGAGUGAGCAUGGAGAGCGUGUGAUGAAGGUUGAAGAUAAGACCAGCCAUCUGUUUCAUGGGGCCAAACCGUUUUCAGCUGCUCAGAAGCUGGCACUGAAGCAGAUUUAGAGGUGUGGACAGCUUGCUAAUAAACAUAAAUAGCUUUUAAUCAUCUGGUAGUUCUUUAGAUUGCUUUAAAAUGUCUGAUUUUUACGCCCCAUCUUUUUUUGUAAACCAUCCUUCAAUGAAAGCUUAAGUAGUUUUAUAGAUUAUUCUUAACAACUGGAUGCACAAAUCAAGGAAUCGUGAAGAAUGAUAUGGUUUUUAGCCUAAAAUUUAAUGAGAUGAUACAAAGCAGACCUUAAUCUAAGAUGUUAAAAUGAUAUAACAAGCAGCUGGCUGUUCCUCCUGUAUUGAAAAUGUACAAGUGGUCUUUUUCCUUUUGCAAGUAAUCUCCUUUAAAACUAAGUGCACAUCAGGAUGAACGGAUAGAAAUAAAUGUACCAGCGUAGACCUGUUAAUUAAUUUUGUAUUUCAGGCUGAGGUCAAUUUACAUUUGUUUUUGUGGAAAGUGUAUUAUAAUAUUUCUAUACUAUACUAUAUACUAUAAACUAUACUACACUCUUUUCCCACUUCCAUUGAAUCUAAGCACUGUUUUACCUGAUUCUGAACAGAAGGAAUACAAUAUGUGUGGUUUGGGUGUAGAACAUAAGUGUUGCUUCUGAAUUUACUCUAAUAAUUAAGCACAAAUAGUUAUGAACAUAACAGACAAGUUUACUCUGUAACAGCUGUACCUCUCUCAUUUAUUAUUUAGCUGUUUUACCCAUGCUUAAAUCUGUUACUUAGUAGUUUGUAAGAGAUAAUAACAAAUACUAAAAUCUCAUUUUGAAUGUUUAUGUAUUUAGAUGUCUGUGUAAAUCAAAUUCCUGUUCUAUCAAAUUCCUGUUCUGUCAAUAUCGUCCAGCAUCUUUGUAUCUAAUUCUUUGACAAUAUCAUGAUGCAUCAUUUGUUGUUGUAGCAGAUGCAUGAAUCUUUUAAAUAUAAAAGACCAAAAAAGUUGUUGUUUUUGCUUUAAGCAGAUACACCUAUUUGGUGUUUACAUGUUCUGUGCAGCUUGCUUUCCAUAGUUAUCGAUAUGUUGCUUUCACUCAUCAUUCUUCAUAUAUUUGUAUGUAACUAAAUUAUGUACCUCUUUGUAUGUAACUUUGUGUGCUUGUCUUGUGACACUGAGUUAGGAAUAAACCCACAUUUAAUAAAUAUAUCAAUCAGGAAACAAUAGUGAUAUGGGUGAUA